UUGCAAAGCUCAGGAAGAGGACGUUUUCUACUGGAACAUGCUGCUCCCUUCUCUGCUUUUUUGACAGACAGCUUUGGGCGUCAGCACAACUACUUGCGAAUUUCCUUGACUGAGAAAUGCAACCUCAGAUGUCAGUACUGUAUGCCAGAGGAAGGUGUUCCGCUGACCCCUAAAUCAGAGCUACUUACUGCUAAGGAGAUAAUCACCCUAGCCAGACUGUUUGUGAAAGAAGGUGUAGAGAAGAUACGACUGACAGGAGGAGAGCCACUUAUCCGUCCCGAUGUGGUGGAUAUUGUGGGUCAACUGCACAAGCUAGAAGGGCUGAAAACCAUUGCUGUCACAACCAAUGGGAUCAACUUAGCCAGAUUGCUGCCCCGACUGAAGGAGGCAGGAGUGAAUGCCAUUAACAUUAGCCUGGAUACUUUGGUGCCAGCUAAAUUUGAGUUCAUUGUCCGGAGGAAAGGCUUUCAUAAGGUAAUGGAAGGAAUCCACAAAGCCACUGAACUUGGCUACCAUCCUGUUAAGGUAAACUGUGUGGUGAUGCGAGGCUUCAAUGAGGAUGAACUGCUGGGCUUUGUGGAUUUCACAAAGGAUCUGCCCCUUGAUGUGCGUUUCAUAGAAUACAUGCCCUUUGAUGGCAAUAAAUGGAACUUCAAGAAGAUGGUGAGCUACAAAGAAAUGUUAGAUACAAUUAAACAACGAUGGCCUGAUUUGGAGAAAUUGCCCUGUGAAACUUCCAGCACAGCCAAGAGUUAUAAGGUGCCACAUUUCCAGGGACAGAUCAGCUUUAUCACGUCCAUGUCGGAGCACUUCUGUGGAUCCUGCAAUCGGCUAAGGAUAACAGCUGAUGGGAACCUAAAGGUGUGCCUUUUUGGGAAUUCAGAAGUGUCCUUGAGAGAUCACCUACGGUCGGGUGCCUCAGAGGAAGAGUUGGUUCAAAUCAUUGGAGAAGCAGUGGGCAGAAAAAAGAAACAGCAUGCUGGCAUGUUUAACAUUUCCCAGAUGAAAAACCGGCCAAUGAUCCUGAUUGAGCCUGCAUUGAUGUCAUUCUCACUAUGCCAAGAUGCCCUACAGAAUCCCCCAAAUUCAAAAGAGCGCAGCCACACAUUUAGCCAUUGGCUGACUUUGAGAGCAAGUUUACCCAAACAAAUGGGGAAAGCAUUAAUGAAAAAUAAGCUUACAGGACAACUUUUCCUGCCAGGAUCUCACCCAGAGCAACAGUGCCAUGUAAUGACAGGAAUUCUACAAACCCAGCUUAGAGGCUGCUGUGUCUUCCAGAAGGACCCAAGCUCCACAUUUGACACAAAGUGCCUUGAGGCUUCUCCUGUUGGCCAAGUUUCUGUGGACUGUCAGUCCAAAGAGGCAAGUCCAGGAUCUGAAUUCUGCACCAGGGGUUUGGGAUCUUGCACCAAGGUACCUCAUGCCUCUGACAGCUUGACUCACACUGAUGAGGAGGGACGGGCCACAAUGGUUGAUGUUGGAGGGAAGCCAGAUUCAAGAAGAAGUGCUGUUGCUGGUGCUAUGGUCCGUCUGGGUGAGAAGGCAUUUGAGAUGGUGAGGCAGAACCAGGUGAAGAAAGGGGAUGUGCUGGCAGUAGCCCAGAUUGCAGGAAUUCAGGGAGCCAAGCUGACCAGCCAGUUGAUUCCGUUGUGUCACAACAUCCCCCUCAACCAUGUUGAAGUGUCUUUGAGCCUGGAUGAGACCAGAUAUGCAGUGGUGAUUCGCAGCUCCUGUCAGACCUGGGGGAGGACAGGUGUGGAGAUGGAAGCUCUAACAGCUGCCAGCCUGGCUGCCCUGACUGUGUAUGACAUGUGCAAAGCAGUUACUCAUGACAUUGUGAUUGAAGAGGUGAAGUUGCUUAGUAAGACAGGCGGGCAGAGGGGAGACUUCUCAAGGGUCUAGAUCACAUGCAGACACCUCCAGCCCUCCAGAUGACCACUGCUCCGGUUCAGCUUCUUGCAGAACUACUUUUCCUCAGGCUUGGAGGCCUCAGCAGGUAUAUCGUCCAACAACCCUAUGACUCCAGUUUUGCCUUACCCUGUCAGCUUACUGCUGGGUGAACAGUGGAGGCACUUAUCCCUCUUGAUAACCAUAUGUGUUUUUGAGGACAGACUUGUCCAUUCUACCAGUACCUUCAUUUCAGUGUUCUUACCAUGAGCUUGAGCAAAGAUUCUUAGUUAUACCACAGAUGUGUUUGGUUUUUUUUUCUUCUUGUUGUGAAAUAUUCACAGCUGCUGUCAUCACACCAUGCAACCAAGAGCUCUGGAAAAGAAGCAAGUGCUGAAAGUGCUGUUAUUUGGCAACUACUUUUAAGUCAAGGAUUAAGAUUUCAGAGUUGUCUGUCCAUCUGUCCCACUGACCUCCUUAGUUGAAUUUAGAAGGUGAUGGUGAGAAGAACACAGCUCGGGAACCUUGCCAUAUAGCAAGAGAUUAUAACUGAGGGGCAGCUCCUGUCCCUUUGCAUUGCUACUGCUUCCCUUGCCUGCAAGUGGGAAAUACCCACGUAAGUUUCAAAAGAACAAAAAGAUGGCAGCUACCCAGUUCUCUGCCUUGAGUGCUGGGUAAAACAUGAUGUAGAAACAGAGGAUUUCUGGGUUUGGAAGAAUUACUUUGCUGAUCUGAAAGAUACCUUUUACAAUGUUAGAAGCAUGUUCCAGCAUUUUGACCUUAGCACUCAAAUACAUUGAGGCCCUGUGUCUGCAUGCUUAAGGGCUUAAUUAUGCCAUGCAUGGAAGUAAGGUGUCAGCUCUCCCUGACUUUAGAAAUAGAUGUCACACCAAGCUCCCAGAAGACUCUCAGUUUUUUAAUCCUAGAGUGCAGCUCCUAGAAACCAGCAACCUGUGUAGUCCUGCCAGAUAAAACAAACUUUAAGGACUAGUAGCCACUUGGAAGAGUAAGUUAGUUGUGUUGCCUCGGCCAGAGUGUUUUCCUGCAUAUUUCUCUAAUUCACUUCAUGAAUUCUUCUGGCCUCAGAGCACUUAGCAUGUCCCCAUAAAUAUACCAGCGGCCACUGUCAUGUAGCAUUAAAUAGCUUUGAUAAUUGACUAUCCUAGGUAAGAAAUUACUCAACAUUGUUGUUAAUACUGAUGGGCCCUUUUCAAGGGUUAAAUUAAAUUCUCCUAACAGGGUGUUUUCAACUUUGGUUUACUUGUUUUCUAAUGCUUAUGGCUAAUGUGAAGUUGCAUAUGAUUCAGGGUGCUCCCUCUCCAUACGCACAGAGAGUUGAAGACAGCUCUAAUAAUGUCAAAAAGGCUACCAAAAAAGCAUCUUAAACUUUGCAAGUAGCUGUGUCUCAUUAAAUAAGGUUAGAUUACUGUGAGCAUCAGUAAAGCACACAACACAGUCACACACAUCCUGCUCACUUAAAGCAAGCACAGAUCUAAGAUGAGGAGGCAAUAGGUUUUACUACAGAUCCUUUACAAAUCUCAUACACUAGCUACCUUUUCCAUUGCAGGUGAAUAAAUUUGAUUUUUUAUUCAUUGUUACUGUGAUAUUCAGCACAUACAAUGCCACACAGUAGCUACAGCUGAAAGAGGAAGGAGUCUGGAAAGCUUGUUGCCCAAGCUCCACAAACAUUUGUACACCUACAUUCAGUGUUUAGUCCCCAUUCCUUUGAUACCACUGAUCUGUCUCUAAGUAGGGGCACUCCUGCUACUUCCCAGGAAUGUAUCUAGCACUGCCGUACUGAGUGCCAACCACCACCCUGACCCCACGUAUAUGAAAGACCAUGGUCAUCUGUGGAGCUGCUGUGCCUGCAGGGCAAAAGUUUUCCUAGCUCAGCAUGAAAACAAAUUGCCAGGAAAAGGAAGCAUGUGUAACCUGCUAAAUUAACUGAUUUACAGAAGCGCUUAAUUCCCACCACCACCCACAACACACCGUGCCCUCCCUGCCUUCAGCCAGUCUCUAACUAGUUUUGGAAACAAAAAGGAAAUUAGACUUAGUAGUAAUAAAAUGAGUAGUAAUAAAAUGAUGCUUUGAGGCAUAUGAGUCUUUGGCUUCUGAGAAGUUUGCUGUCAUGCUGUAAAGCUCACUAUAAGGACAUAAGGACAAGGGACUACAGAGCACAUGCAUGACUGAUACGCACAUUUCACUACUUACGCACAUUUCACAACUUCCUUGAGUUGAGAGUGGCUGGAAGCUUUGGGCAAACAGACUGGUGCCAUUUUAUGCUCAUGUUACAUUAUCCAGUCUUGAAACUAUGCACAUUUAUAGAUAAUAAACCAAGCACGGGUCAACAGAACAUCUUGCCAAUGAAAUGAGCUGAUAGCACUGUUUGUUUCAGUGGUGCUGGGUGGGCAGUGGUGUAAUAUAUGUUGAUGAAAUGACUACUUUUUGGAAGCUUGCUUUUUUGUUUUGUCCACUGCAUUUUUAAUAAAUACUAGUUGCAAUGGAGUAUGUUUUGCAUUA